AUGGCUAACGGGGGUAGUGCCGGGGUCAUAGGACUCAGCUGUGCCGUGCGACUGGCCCGUCAAGGCCACCCAGUUACCGUGGUCGCACGAGAUCUCCCAGGCGAUUACGACAUCGACUACGCAUCGCCAUGGGCGGGAUCUCACUUUCGGCCCGUACCAGCAAGCAAACCAAAGGAUCGUCUCGAGCAGGAACUGAUGCGGGAAACCUACAGAGAAUUGCAAGAUUUGGCGGGCCGACAUCCCGAGGCAGGCAUCGAAUUCAUCCCUGCUGUUGAAUACUUUGAUACUGCCGACCCUGCGUACUUUGAUAAUAAACUUGUUGGAGAGAAUGGAUACGCCUCUUGGCCAGGGUUCCGGGUACUUUCUCCAUCUGAGCUGCCGGCCCAGUAUGAGUCGGUUAAGCUUGGAGUCACCUAUACGGCCUGGGUUCUAAACUCUCCUGUCUACCUGAAGUGGUUGAAAGGUAUGGCUGAGGAGUAUAGCGUCAGGUUCAUACGCGCAAAGCUGGCAGCAAUUGAGGAGGCUGUCUUCAUAGGCAAAGAAAGCUUGGGUGGUGGCAAUCAUGAAGUCGUCGCAGUCAUCAAUGCCAGCGGUCGGGGUCUCAACGAUCUAAAUUCUUUCCCGUCGCGCGGCCAGUUUAUCACCGUGUCUAACCCAUGUGAAAAGACCAUCAGUCAUCACUGGGCCGACGGGUCGACAACUGUCAUUAUUCCUCGCCCUCUUGGAGGCGGAACUAUCAUAGGGGGGACUAAAGAGCCACGGAACUGGUCACAUUGUGUCUCGGACGCCGCGACAGCGUCAAUUGUUUCUAGGGCUGUCAGGCUCUGCCCGGAAUUGGUAGAGAAUCGCCUCGACGAUACCAAUCACGGUCUCGACAUUCGUCAAGUGUAUAUCGCUCGUCGCCCUAUGCGGCAGGGUGGACUGCGGCUAGAACGAGAAGAUUUGGCGUUCCAAGACACCUCGGAGAAUGGAAUGAGCAAUGUGCAAAAAUGGAUUCGAGUUAUCCAUUGCUAUGGGGCAGGUCCAAGCGGCUUCAAGCUUAGUUGGGGAAUUGCGAAACGUGUCCAGCGCUUCGUUACGGAGACCUAA